GUUUAUGCAGGCAAGGAAGCAGAUGGGCUGGCACAUGGGAAGAGGACUGCUUCUUUGUCUCCCCCACAGAGCGGGGGUGCCUUCCUUGUACGAUCCUGAGUCUGGUAUGUGGGCACAACUUGCUGAGUACCAGCACAUGAGAUGUUCUCUGCUUUCUCUCCAUCCCCUCAGAAAGCAGUGUACUAUGCAGAAUGCCCAUCCCCAAGGCUCCUGGGGGACUGGAGAGGCAGCUCAGCAGUAAAGAGCACUUACUGUUCUUGCAGAGGGACUGGGUUCAGUUCCCAAUAUCACAACUAUCUCUAGGCACUUACAUACAUGCAGCCAAAAUGCUCAUACACACAAGUCUAAGAAAGAAAAAAAGAAAGAGAGAGAGAGAGAGAGAGAGAGAGAGAGAGAGAAAGACAGACAGACAGACAGGCAGGCAGGCAGGCAGGCAGGCAGGCUGGCUCUGGGCAUGGAUGCUGGCUGGGCUGAGCUUUUCUGGAUGUGGGUAAUAUGAGAAGGUGAGACUGGAAAGACUCCACCUCCUCUUCUGAAAGUUAAGGAAGCACAAAGUAUCAUUUAGAAAAUCAGGCAGUCAGUGGCCUGCAGUGACAGCCAUAGUCUAAAGUUGAUGCUAACAUUCAAGGACCAGCUGCCUCUGAAUGUAUGCUACAUUCCAGGCAUAUGGACAUACGGUAAACACUGACUUUUAUGUUACAUUCCAGGCAUAUGGACAUACAGCACACGCUGACUUAGGAUAGCUGAUUAAGCAGCUGCUUUGCUAUAGCUAAUAACAAUCUAUGUUCCUAGUUCACUUCUCUGACCUUUUCGUCCUCCUCAGGCACCCCUUAAAUGUCACUCCACAGAGUUCUACUCUUGAAACACGUGACUCCAUGUAUAUGCUGAGGCUAAUGUCAGUGACUCAGUUUUUUGUUUUUGGGGUUUUUUUUGGUUUUUCGAGACAGGGUUUCUCUGUAUAGCCCUGACUGUCCUGGAACUCACACUGUAGACCAGGCUGGCCUUGAACUCAGAAAUCUGCCUGUCUCUGCCUCCCAAGUGCUGGGAUUAAAGGCAUGCGCCACCACUGCCCGGCAGUGACUCAGUUUUUACUUCACUUCUCUGACUCCAACUACAGACUGGAUGUCUCCUUUUGAGCAGCCAAAGCAUUUCAAAUUCAACAGCCCAAAGCCUACUUUGCACUACUUGGAUCUAUCUAUUCUCCACGAUGCACAAAGAUUUCUAAAACUCAUGUCUACCACUACAAGCCUUCUUUCCUUUAGGGAGAAAAGCCCAGCCCACUUACCCUGGCUCACGAGCCCUUUGUGUCUGUCUAUUCCAGUCUGGAUCCUCAUUUCCACUGGAACUACUUGCUCUGCCCUGGAGCUUCACUGAGCUAUCUUGCAGGGCUUGUCUACACCUGAGGCUGGAAUCACUCCUCCUGUGGUCUAUUAUUUUCACCCUUACAUAGCCUUGCUCAAGCCAACCCCCUAAAAACCUUCAACUUAGACAUACUUUUCUUUAGGCGUUGUAACUUCACUGGGUUAUAUCAGCAAAUGCUUGUAAUAAAAGGAUUGCUGUGAUUCAAAACCAGCCUGGGCAACACUGUGAUCUUGGGGCCUGUUUGGCCUAUACUGCCACUCUAUUGUAUUAAUCACAGCUCACUGCAAUUGCUUAUUUCCUUUGUAACCUCUGGUGUAUGCAUAAUUAUCUCUGGUGUAUGCAUAAUUACCCUGAUGAGUCUACUAAGCAGCUGGCACCACACAAGUCUGAGGAUGACCAAUAGAGUCUUUUACUCUUUUCAUUUUGUCCUAGAAAUUGCGUUGUAGAUUAGACUGGCCUUGAACUCAUAGAGAUCCACCUACCUGUGCCUCCUGAGUGCUGUGGAUUGAACCUAGGGUUUGCUAGCCAAGUGCUCUACCCCUGAGCUCUCACUUCCCACCCAACCUCCUUCUUAAACAAUGCUUUAUUUGCAACUCACAUACUAUGUGGUUCAACCACUUAAAGUGUACAGUCUCCUAGACAUGGUGAUAAAGCUUAUAAUCACAGCACUUAAGAGGCUAGGGCAGGAGGAUCAGGAGUUCAAAGACAUCCUCAGCUACACAGUAAGUUUAAGGUCAACACAGACUACUUGAGAUUCUGUUCCAGAAUAUUUUUUAAGGUUUAUUUAUUUAUUUUAUAUGAGUACAUUGUUGCUAUCUUCAGACACACCUGAGGAGGGCAUCAGAUUCCAUUAGAGAUGGUUGUGAGCCAUCAUGUGGGUUCUGGGAAUUGAACUCAAGACCUCUGGAAGAGCAGUCAGUGCUCUUGACCACUGAACCAUCUCUCUAGCCCCACAAAACAAUUUUUUAGCUGGGUCUGGUGCAUGCACCAUUAAUCUUAGCACUUGUGAGGCAGAAGCAGGCAGAUCUCUGAGUUCUCAGGACAGCCUGGUCUAUAGAAGUGAGUUCUAGGACAGUCAGCUACAUAGUGAGACCCUGUCUCAAACAAAAUAAAAGAAGCCACCAAAUUUUUAAAAUUAAACAAUAAAGCCUACAACUCAGUUAUGCCUGAUACUACAAGGGUCUAAUGUCAGCUACUUGGGGGCCUGAGGCAGAAGCACUGCAAAUUCCAAGACUGCUUGGGCUAUAAAGUGAGCUCAAGGGGGCCAUCUUGGGUAACUUAGCAAGAACAAAUCUCAAAAUAAAGUUAAAAAAAAGAGAGAGUGGGCAGACUCGGAAUGUAGCUUAUUGGUAGAGUGUUUGCCUAGCACAAACAAAACCCUCGGUUCAAUCCCCAGUAUUGUAAUAAAGCAUCUAACCUAAUGGCUUUGGAUAAAUUCAGUUUUGUAACAAAUGGCCAAACUUUUACAAUAUUUUUAUCUACCCACAAAAGAAUGUUUCUCCCCUUUAGCUAUUAUCCCACCAGCCCCUGCAUAGGCCUAGACAUUUAGAAAUCUAUUUUCUGCCCCUACAGAUUUGCUUAUCCUGUAUAUUUUUUCACAAAUGGAAUCAGACCAACUUACCUGGUUCUAAGAGAUAUCCGACAAUUCAGCGAGUCUGCCACAGAGCCUAGCAAUUACUCUCUGAUCAGCCUGCAUUUCCUUGUUUUUGUUGGUUUGUUUCAAGCAAGCCUUCAUUAUAUUAUAUAGCCCAAGUUGACCUUGAAGCUGCCAUCUUCCAGCUUCCACUUCCUGAAUGCUGGAACUAUAGGUAUGUGCUAUGGUGCCUAGCUAUGUAUCCCCUUUACCUCUGGUACCUAAAGCCAGAGACACAGAAGGUUGUCAAGAAAUGUCUUUGAGACUCUUGGGAUUACUUAGUGGGUAAAGGCAUGAGAUGUACAAGCUUGGCAACACGAGUUGGAUCCCUGUAGACCACAUGGUGGGAAGAAAGAACCUGCUCCUUCCAGUUACCCUUGACCCCCCCCAUUGUUUUGCACAGGCACAGGCAUAUAUGUAACUAAAAUAAAUAUAAGCUAUACAUAUCACACACACACAACAUAUACACACAUUUUUUUUUUUAAAAGAAAUGUCUUACAAGGCCAGGAGAGGUAACUCAUACCUGCAAUCCUAGCACUUGGGAGACGGAGGCAGAAGGAUUUCAUAUGAGUUCCAGGCCAGAUUGUGGAAUUCAGUUUCUAAACACAAUAACAGAAAUGUCUUUGGACAUAUAUUCCUUUUUUUUAAAAAGAUUUAUUUAUUAAUAUAUGUAAGUACACUGUAGCUGUCUUCAGACACUCCAGAAGAGGAUCUUGUUGUGGAUGGUUGUGAGCCACCAUGUGGUUGCUGGGAUUUGAACUCUGGACCUUCGGAAGAGCAGUUGGGUGGUGCUCUUACCCACUGAGCCAUCUCACCAGCCCUGGACAUAUAUUCCUACAAGCUCUGGGCUUCGUAUAUUCAAUUUCCCAAUUUAUGUUUACACUUAUCUAGAAUGCAACAUCUAACAUUUUGAGGAUGAAAGUACCACAGGUUUAGUGGAGAAAAGCCUGAAAAUUCAGCACAUCACCUGUCUCCUUCAGCAUUAUCUGUCUAGGGCAUGAAGUUGGCACAUCAUAGCCUCAAAUAUCUCUGCUGUCUGCCAAGGUUGCAUGAUAUUUUCAUCAUUAAAGCCCUUUCUAUAUGGCUCAGAGGUUAAAAGUACUUCUGCUCAUGUCUGAUGAGUCUUGACGACAGCUUUUCCUUUUAGGUGAAGCAGUAGUUACUGUUCAGCUAGCUUUCAGGUCAGAAAUCUUUUUGUCCCUUCUAAACAAAUCACAUGGAAUUAGGAGUGUGGGGGUUCAGUGCUUACCAGGCACAAGGUACUGGGCUUAGUUCUUGGCAGAGGUAUCUCCUCCCUUCUCUUUACUAGGCAGCUUUGGAGGCAAAGCAUCCUCUCUAGAGGGCUGCUACAGAAGCAGAAAUGCUGAGCACCUAGCCACAGUGCACAACUGUAACCCUAGCACUCAGCAGGCUGGAGGAGAAGGAUAAUUUGAGCCUAGGACUUCAAAAUCAGGUGGGAUGUGGAGACAAAGAAAGAAAGGAGGGGCUGGGCAUGGUGGUGCAUGCCUUUAAUCCCAGCACUUGGGAGGCAGAGGCAGGUGGAUUUCUGAGUUCAAGACCAGCCUGGUCUACAAAGUGAUUUCCAGGACAGCCAGGGCUAUACAGAGAAUACAGAGAAACCCUGACUCGGGGAAAAAAAAAAAAAGAAAAAGAAAAAAAAAAAAGGAGGGGAUGUGGAAAGGGAAGGCAGAGGAGGGAUAGUGUCUGAAAUUAGGCCUGCUGGCAGAGGCCUAUAAUCUUAGCUACUCCAAAGCCUGAAAAGUUUAAGGCCAGCCUGGGUUAGAGAGUGAAUUUAAGGCCAGCAACUUAGUAAAAUCCUGACUUCAAAUAAAAAACAAAAGAGAGUCAGAGAUAUAGCUCAACGGUAAAGCACCUGCCUAAUGUGCUCAAGGGCACAGGUUAAACCCAAAUGUACAAAGGGAAGAGAAAUAAGAAAAGGAAAAGAUGAUGAAAGAAAUGUUAUCAGAGGUCUAAUGGAGGAGGGAGGAACCCAGAGCAGCCAGAACAAGAACACCGAGAAAAGUGUGGUGAAGCACAUGUGUUUCGUUCUGGUUUUGAAUAAGUAACUUCUUUCUUUUUUCUUUUCUGUUUCUUUUGAAACAAGACCUCCAGCCUGUUCUGGAACUCACAGUAUUGACCAGAAUGGUCUCAAACUCACAAUCCUCCUGCCUGAGCCUCCCGAGUACUGGCAUUACAGGUAUAAAGCACUAUACCUAGUUCAUCUCAAUUUAAGAUAAAACUAGGUUAAGCAUGGUGGGGUACACCUGAAGUCCCAGAACGUUUGGAAAGGCAGUCGCUAAGGUGUUUUGUAAGCAGAUGUGAUGCAUUACAGAAAGCUAAACAAUCAAUGCUUGAAAAAUGCAGAAGAGAGCAAAAACCAGAAUUAACCUACUUCCCAAGCAUGGGUUUUGGGUACUUGAAAGGGCGACCAUUUCAACUGAGGGAUAAAGGAACAGGGGUCCAAAGAAAGAAGACAUUGACAAGGGAAGACACUGCUGGGGUCUGGGCAGGAGAUGAUGCUGAUGCUGAUGAUGCUGGGGUCUGGGCAGGAGAUGAUGCUGAUGCUGAUGAUGCUGGGGUCUGGGCAGGAGAUGAUGCUGAUAAGGGAAGACAUUGUUGAGGAGGUAUCAUUGUUCAGGCAGGAGAUGAUGUCUUUACAGUUGAUGCACAUGGACACUGAGAGGGAUCCAAAUGCUUUAUGAGGUUCAGCUUCACAUCUGCUGGGCUGACCCACUGCCCUCAAACACAAUUUAUAUACCUUUAUGUCCUUAUGCCUUUAGAUGCUCUUUACCUUACAAGCUGUUGUUCACCUAUUAAUACCUUUGCAGCCUUUCACAUCCAGCUGAAGUGAGAUGCUACGAGAAUGAUUCUUUUUUUUUUAACUCUUUUUUUUUUUUUUUUUUUUUUACUGUGAAUCCAUUUCUUCCCUUUUUAAAGUUUUCUUUGUGUGUGUGUGUCUAUGUAUGGGUGUCUGUAGCUACCAUAUACAUUCCUGGUGCCCUCAUAGGCCAGAAAAGGGUGUCAGAUACCCUGGCACUGGAGUUACAGACAGUUGCAAUCUGCCAUGUGGGUUCUGGGAACCAACCCAGGUCCUCUGAAUGAACAGCAGGUGCUCUUAACUGCUGAGCCAUCUCUCCAGACCCAGUUGUUGCAUCUUUUACAUUUAAACUUUUUGUUUUGUUUUGUUUUUUGUUUUUCGAGACAGGGUCUCUCUGUGUAGCCCUGGCUGUCCUGGAACUAACUCACUUUGUAGACCAGGCUGGCCUCGAACUCAGAAAUCCGCCUGCCUCUGCCUCCCAAGUGCUGGGAUUAAAGGCAUGCACCACCAUGCCUGGCUGACAAGCACUUCUUGAAUCCAGUGCUCAAAACAGGGAGCUGCAAGGGAAUGGGUAUUCAAUAAAGAUGUGCUUGACUGGAGCUGAAGGCAUAGUUCAGAGGCCCCAUGCUGUUCUAGCAUCCUAGUGUGCCCAAGGAGAGGGAGCAAGGGAGGGGGGAGAAGGGGAGAGGGAAUAUGAGAGAAUCUAAUAAACUAGAUGGAUCAUGUUAUAUCCCAUACAUGUUCUCAAUAGAUACAAAGACAACAGAAAAUUCACAUGUAUCCUUAGGCCUAAUACUAGUGGUUCUCUAGAUCUGUGUGUCCUCUGGGGGGGAGGUCAAAAGGUCCUUUCCCAGGGAUCACCCAAGACCACUGGAAAAAACAUUUACAUUACAGUUCACAGCAGCAGGAAAGUUACAGUCACCAAGUAGCAACAAAAAAAUAUUUUAUGGUUAGGGGUCACCACAAGUGGAACUGUAUUAAAGGGUGUGAGAACUCGGAAGGUUGACAAUCACUGUCUUAUACCAAAGUAAAGCCUUUUGUCUAUUGUUAACACAUUGCCCUUUCAUCUGGUGAUUUUCUGGCAUAAACUUCCCCCUCCUCCUUCUUAAGACAAGGUCUUGCUAUACAGCUCAGAUUGGCUUCCAAUUCAUGAUUCUUCUGCCUCAACCUCUCAAAUGCUGGGAUUACAGGUGUGUACCACCACACUUGGCUACAACACCAACUUUAUUUUUUUGGUGUCACUACAGAUCCACCUGAAAUCCUCACACAAGUUAGAUAAAUUAUUCUACCAUGGAGUUACAAUGACACCCCUUUCGUCAUCAUGGACACCAUUUGACAGAUUGGCAUUUUGCUUAUCUGUCAUGUUCAGGUGCCCAACCCUUAAGAAUUUGAAAUUAUUCUUAGGAAUCUGCUCCCACCAAAGAGGCUGAGGGACAGGUUCUAAAAUAUGGUGACAUCACUAAAACCAUAUACUAAACUGGGCAGCUAUCUGCUAAAAGGUUCUGACCAAUCUCCAUGGACUACAAACCUAGGUGAAAGUCCUUGGGAAGGACUCUUGUGGUGGCUAUUCCUGGUUGUCAACUUGACUAUAUCUGGAAUGAACUACAAUCCAGAAUUGGAGGGUACUCUUGUGAUCCAGAUCUUGAGGCCAGAAGACACAAGUUUCUGACCUGGAUCUUGACAUGGAGAUCUUGAGGCAUAGUGGACAUGAAAAGCUUAGGCCCAGGCAAGGUCGUACACGCCUUUAAUCUCAGGAGACUGAGGCAACUGAGUUCAAGGAUUGCAUGGAACAAAACAAGUCCCAGAUCCAGACUUGGUGGUACACACCUUCUGCUGGAGGCCUCUAUCGGGUCACUGGAAGAAGGAAGAUUACCUCUUCUUUGCCUGCUUACACUUACUUGCCAGCACAUCUGUUGAACUUACUUCUACAGAAGUCUAGCUUAAACAACUAGCUUCGUGGAACUGAGCAACUACUAGAUUCUUGGAGUUCCUACCCUCAGCUGCCCAUUGGUGGGUUAACUGGACUACAGACUCUAAGUCAUCACAAUAAAUUCCCCCUUCCUUACAUUUACAAAAAAAAAAAAAAAAAAAAAGGGUAUAUGUGUGUGUAGGGGAUAAUGGUGAAAUGACUCACCAGGUAAGAGUGCUUGCUUGUAUAAUUUCUUUUAAAGUAAGGGGGCAGCCGGGCGUCGUGGCACACGCCUUUAAUCCCAGCACUCGGGAGGCAGAGGCAGAGGCAGGCGGAUUUCUGAGUUUGAGGCCAGCCUGGUCUACAAAGUGAGUUCUAGGACAGCCAGGGCUAUACAGAGAAACCCUGUCUCGAAAAACAAAACAAAAAACAAAACAAAACAAAACAAAAAGUAAGGGGGCAUCCUUAUAAUUCUUCCUAAAUGACAACCUAACGAUACUAAACAUAUAUAUUUUUUCUAGUCUAUAUCACAUUCUAGAAUAUUCUAAAACUAUCCUUUACAAGUCAGGAAUGGUGGCUCAUGCCUGUAAUCCCAGAAGGAAAUAUAUGAGGGAUGACUAUAAAUUCAAAUUGAGGCCACAUUGGGCUAAAAAGUGGGUAAAAGGCCAGCCAGGGUUAUAUAGCAAGACCCUAUCACAAAACAAAACAAAAUACCCCCAAACCCCAAUUAUUCAUAAAAAUAAAACACAGGGGCUGGCAAGAUGGCUUAGCUGGUAAAGGUAUUUGCCACCAAACCUGAUAACUUAAGUUCCAUCCUCAGGACCUACAAGGUAAAAAGAAUUUACUUCUGCAAGUUGUCCUUUGACCUCCACACAUAAGCAUGCUUACUCCCAAUUAAUAAAUACAUAAAUAAUACCCAGUUUUCUUUAUCAUUUUUUUGCAUAGGAUGAUUGUGGUUAGUACUUCAGGAAACAAAUCUGCUUUUUUUUUUGUAGCUGUCUUCAGAUACACCAAAAGAGGGCAUCAGAUCCCAUUACAGAUGGUUGUGAGCCACCAUGUAGUUGCUGGGAAUUGAACUCAGGACCUUUGGAAAAACAGUGCUCUUAACCACUGAGCCAUCUCUCCAGUCCAACAAAUCUGCUCUUAUUUUUCGGUUCUGAGGAUUAAAUCCAGGGCGUCAAACAUGUGAGGCAGUCUGCUACUGAGCUGUACUCCUUAGACUCUACUCUUAUUAUCCUGUCCCCAUCAUGUGUGUCUUCCCUCUCAGCCUGUCUCUUUCUAGCUUGAAACGGCUUGUUCUUUGGUUUGGCUUUCCUUUAAGACAUCAGGAUUUCCUAUAGGAAAGAAAACAUCCUUUAGUUCUUUCCUAUGUGUUUUCAGCAUUUUCUCAGCUGAUAGAACAGCACAGAGGUUUUUUUGUUUUCCAGAAAGCAGUCCUAAGGUUACUUGGACCCUAUUCCUGGCUUCUGAUACCUCAGAGGUCAUACAUAGUAACUACAGCUGAAGUGUUUUUAUUUUUUUUCUCCCUUCUUUCCAAAGACAAUGCCUUUAUUUGCCCACACAUCAGCUAUUAUUGUAAAUUACUUUCAAGGUGAUCUGAGGUAAAGUUUCAAAUAUUUCACACAUUUAAAAAACAGUAUUUAAUAUACAGCAAGUAACUAGGGCUAAGAGUGAAAAACUUGGUGUCCAGAUAUUGAGAAACCAAACUAUCCCUUUUUUCAUGUCUGUAUUUCAAGAAGCUGAAUGCAGACCAGAAAAGUGGCUUGAUGGUUAGUAGCACUGGCUGCUCUUCCAGAGGACCUAGGGUUAGCAUCCACAUGGUGGAUUAUCACAUUCUGUUAACUCCAGUUCCAAGGGAUGUACCUCCCCUCUUCUGGCCUCCAUGGGCACUGCAUACACGUGGUACACAGACACACAUAUGUAGGCAAAACACUCUAUAGAUAAAAAACACACAUACUUUAAAAGCUGAAUGCUACUGGAGAAAAAACACAGACUGGGUCAUCUGGUUUAACUUUACACUAAUGAUCACAAGCCUUAAAUGGGCACCCUAUCCCAGCAGGGCUGUCCUACUAACUCAGGUUUCUUCCCUCCUACAUUUGCACACCCCUGCAUACCCCUUCACCUCGUUACCCUUAUAAUCAAUGGGGCCUUCCUUUCCAAGGCCAUUUCUCCUGGUUCUCAUACAUCCUCCCGCCAAUUUCAGUCUUUUAAGGUCAAGCAAGCUUCCCUUUCCCUGCAUCACUUCUGAUAGUUCAUAAAAAUGCUUGGGAAUAAUAGCAUCCUUUUUUUUUUUUUUUUUUUUUUUUUUUUUUUGAGACAGGGUUUCUCUGUAUAUCCUUGGCUGUCCUCGAACUCAUGCUGUAGACCAGGCUGGCCUCGAACUCAGAAAUCCUCCUGCCUCUGCCUCCCAAGUGCUGAGAUUAAAGGCAUGUGCCACCAUUGUCUGGCAAUAUCAUCUCUUUUAGUUAGGUUGUGUGUGUGUGUGUGUGUGUGUGUGUGUGUGUGUGUGUGUGUGUGACGGGUUUCUCUGUGUAGCACUGGCUAUAAGUAACUCUGUAGAACAGGCUGGCUUUAAACUCAAAGUGAUCUGGCUGCCUCUAUCUCCCAAGUGUUAGGAUUAAAUGUGUAAGCCAUCACCACUUGACCCCCUCUACCACCUUUUAAAACAUCCCCAGAGUUGAGAUGAUGCUCAAGGGCAGAGACCAUGGCUUUGGGUUGGAUUCAUACCGCCCAAAGGGAGACAGAACAAAACUCCCCCCUGACCUCACAUCCUUCUGCACCUAUUCCCCAAUGUCUGCUCUACCCACAGCAGAACUCAGGCUGCCUUCAUGCACUGUCUCUAUUUCCUUACUCUCCUGUUUACUUUUUAACCCAUUCUACUCAGGUUAACCUCUUCAGUUAAUCCAUAUGAGUCAAGCUAAAGUCACCAUGAUCUUUCCCAGCUAUCUCCAAGGUAAUAAACUCAAUAGCUAAGCCUCUGGCUGAACUGUACCGGAACUCUCAGCAUCUGAAAACCAGAAACCUCUCUUCCUGCCUCAAACUUACUUCUGGUCUUGGAUUCUACAAUCCAACAGUCUAGACUUGUCUUUCUGUUUACUUCCUUGUCUAUUAUCCUCUUUCUAAUCUUGGACUUUCUCUUCUAUCUUUCCUCUAAGUCCAGUCAUGGAGGGAAGCUCCACAACAGUGGGUGAAUGGACUCAAGAUGUUUAAACACAUUUGCCUUAGUUACUGACAUCUGAACAGUGGGAUCUUACAUGCUUCUAACUUUCCGAUUCUUUUGGGGGGAAUAAACAAUAUCUAUUGAUAAUGGACCAGCAUACCCACAACACAGCCCAGAUGUAUAUGAAUAGGGCAGAAGCUUGCUGCCAGGUGCAUUUGUUAUCCAAACAGCUAAAGCAAGAGAACUGGGACUACAAUCCCGAGUCACAUUCCAAGGCUAUGGGGGGCGGGGAGAGAAGAUGAUUAGAACACCUGCCAAUAGGGUCUUCCCGGGAAAGGGAAGGGAUUAAGUACCACCGACUGGGAACCGAAAUAAAAAGAACAGUCUUAAAAACUUAGACGUUCACGGUGCCAAAUACAGCUAAACACGACUGCUGUGGUGUGGUCUGCUAUAUCUCCGGACUGAGGUGACUCUGUCCCGAUUCUCUUAAUUUCACAUUCGGUUUUCUAAGGCCCUUUUCUUGGGAGGAAGACUACUAAGAUCCCCGGGCGAAGCCCCUAGCAGUCGAUCUUGAGCACUGGGCAAGUGUCGGAGAAGUGAGAGAGUGCGGGAACUCACUGCAUUUGACUCGGCGGCGGGACAGGGUGCAGAGCUAACCCCGGGUGGGAGGAGACCGGGCAGGGUAGAACCCUGGCGCUUCCUCAACCCCCACGGCCCCAGCCCCGCGCGCUUACUUCAGCUCCCCGUCGUCCUCCCGCCCUUCGCAGCUUGGAGGGAAAAUGAGCGAGCUAAGGAAAUCAGGGCAACUAGGCGGAGACCCGAUCGCCCAGAAGCCGCCAGCCUCCGCCCAGGGAAGCCCCACCCCAAUGGGAACCAGGCCGCCUCCGCGCCGCCGGCAGAGCCCACGCGCGACCCGGCGAGGGCGCGGGAGGGCGCGUGCGGCGUGACGCCGCGCCUCGCGGCGCAUCCCCGUGACGCCAUCGCGCCGGCUUUUGAAAGUUGGCGCCCGGGGCCGCCUCCCAUGCUGCCCUGCGCCAACCCCUCCCCUCACCUUUCCUCCCCCGCCCUCGUCGCCGCCGGCCGGCCCCCCCCACCCGACUCUUCCCUUAUCAGCACCCGCGGCCCCGGCAGCGCCGACGCAGGCGCACUGCACCGCGCCGCCGCCAUUUUGUGUCCGAGCCUGUGGAGCGAUUAAACCGUGCGCGGAGCUGCUUCUUUGGCGGCAGCGGCGACCAGCAGCAGCCGGUGCGGGCGCGCGGAGCCGGCCGGGGACGCCAGGUGGCCGGAGCGGUGGAGCGGCGGCGGAGCGGGCGCCGCGGGGGGUGUGGCGCGAAGGUAAAGGGGGCCCGGGGUGGAGGAGGUUUCGCGGGCCGCCUCUAGGUGUCACGAUGGGGCCGCUCCGGUCGGCGCUGGCUGCAGCCCGGCGCCAGCGCCAGCGCCGCCGCCGGGGGGUGUUUGUCUCCCUCUACCGUCCCUGCUGCGGCGCGGCCGCCGCCAUUGCCCGGCGCCGCCGCCAGGGCCUGGCCAACCCCCUCCACGCCCGCCCGCCCGCCCGCUAAGCUUCCCUCCUCCCAACAUGGUAGGCCUCUGGCGGCGGUGGCGACAGAGGCCUGCGCGCUCGGCGACUCCAUUUUCCUUCCUUUGUCUCUACCCUCGAGGCCGGCUUUUGGCCCGGCUGAUCUUCGGGCCACGGCCCGCCCUCUGCCCCUCCCGCGACGGAUACCCCUUACCGAGUCUGGACCCUCUGAGGCUCGGUUGCCGCCGCUUGCUUCGCCUAGGGGUUCUGAACCCUCGGCCGGCCGCUUAGCCAGGUCCCGGAACCGUGUGGGUGUCGGGUCCCGACCGACGCGCCUCAGACUCCCCAUCUUCAAGUCCAGCCGGUCCCGGAACCUACCCGAUCUCCCUGCGUUGCUUCUCCAGCAGCUGGGGUGCUCUCUAGUCUCUCGUAGUCCGAUCGUCCCCGCUGCCGGUCUCCGUCGCCGCCGAGUGUCGCAGGCGGCGCUGCUGUGGCUGCGAGCAGAGGGGACCCCUGAGCUGCCGAGAGCUCCCUCUGCAAGGCUGGCUGAGCUGCUCGCGCCUCGACGCCGCCCGAGCGGGCGGGGGAACGCGCGCUCGCCGCCCCCGCCGGGCCCCGCUGCGCCCCCAAACUCACGCCAGGGCAUCGCGCGGGACCCGACCGAAUGACCACAAAUCUAGAACCAAAGAACACGAUGCACUAGCAGACAGACUCGAAGCUAGAGACUGGAGAUCUGGGUUCUUUUGUCCUUCCUCAAACUGAUUUUGCAGCCACGGAGAGGAAGGGGAGAUGGAAGGUGAGGCGGUUGAAGCCAUUGUGGAGGAGUCUGAAACUUUCAUUAAAGGAAAAGAAAGAAAGACUUACCAGAGACGCCGGGAAGGGGGCCAGGAAGAAGAUGCUUGCCACCUGCCCCAGAACCAGACAGAUGGGGGUGAGGUGGUCCAGGAUGUCAACAGCAGUGUACAGAUGGUAAUGAUGGAACAGCUGGAUCCUACCCUUCUCCAGAUGAAGACUGAAGUCAUGGAGGGUACAGUGGCUCCGGAAGCAGAGGCUGCAGUGGACGAUACCCAGAUCAUAACCUUGCAGGUUGUAAAUAUGGAGGAACAGCCCAUUAACAUAGGAGAGCUUCAGCUUGUCCAAGUACCUGUUCCUGUGACGGUACCUGUUGCUACUACUUCAGUAGAAGAACUUCAGGGGGCUUAUGAGAAUGAAGUGUCUAAAGAGGGCCUUGCAGAAAGUGAACCGAUGAUAUGUCACACCUUACCUUUGCCUGAAGGAUUUCAGGUGGUGAAAGUGGGGGCCAAUGGAGAAGUGGAGACACUAGAGCAGGGCGAGCUUCCUCCUCAGGAAGACUCUAGCUGGCAAAAAGACCCAGACUAUCAGCCACCAGCCAAAAAAACAAAGAAAACCAAAAAGAGCAAACUUCGUUACACAGAAGAGGGCAAAGACGUGGAUGUGUCUGUGUAUGAUUUUGAGGAAGAACAGCAGGAAGGACUGCUGUCUGAGGUUAAUGCAGAGAAAGUAGUUGGUAAUAUGAAGCCUCCGAAGCCAACAAAAAUUAAAAAAAAAGGUGUAAAGAAAACAUUCCAGUGUGAGCUUUGCAGUUACACAUGUCCCCGGCGUUCAAAUUUGGAUCGUCACAUGAAAAGCCACACUGAUGAGAGACCACACAAAUGCCAUCUGUGUGGCAGAGCAUUCAGAACAGUGACCCUCCUGAGGAAUCAUCUGAACACACACACAGGUACUCGUCCUCACAAGUGCCCAGACUGCGAUAUGGCCUUUGUGACCAGUGGAGAAUUGGUGCGGCAUCGUCGUUAUAAACACACUCAUGAGAAACCAUUUAAGUGUUCCAUGUGUGAUUAUGCCAGUGUAGAAGUCAGCAAAUUAAAACGACACAUUCGCUCUCAUACUGGAGAGCGCCCGUUCCAGUGCAGUUUGUGCAGUUAUGCCAGCAGGGACACAUACAAGCUGAAAAGGCAUAUGAGAACCCAUUCAGGGGAAAAACCUUAUGAAUGUUAUAUUUGUCACGCUCGGUUUACCCAGAGUGGUACCAUGAAGAUGCACAUUUUACAGAAGCACACAGAAAAUGUGGCCAAAUUUCAUUGUCCCCAUUGUGACACUGUCAUAGCCCGAAAAAGUGAUUUGGGUGUCCACUUGCGAAAGCAGCAUUCCUAUAUUGAACAGGGCAAAAAAUGUCGCUACUGUGAUGCUGUGUUUCAUGAGCGAUAUGCUCUCAUCCAGCAUCAAAAAUCACACAAAAAUGAGAAGCGCUUCAAGUGUGACCAGUGUGAUUAUGCUUGUAGACAGGAGCGGCACAUGAUCAUGCACAAGCGCACUCACACGGGGGAGAAGCCUUAUGCCUGCAGCCACUGCGACAAGACCUUCCGCCAGAAACAGCUCCUCGACAUGCAUUUCAAGCGCUAUCAUGAUCCCAACUUUGUCCCUGCUGCCUUUGUCUGUUCCAAGUGUGGGAAAACAUUCACCCGCCGGAACACAAUGGCAAGACAUGCAGAUAACUGUGCUGGUCCAGAUGGCGUAGAGGGGGAAAAUGGAGGGGAGACAAAGAAGAGCAAACGAGGAAGAAAAAGAAAGAUGCGAUCUAAAAAAGAAGACUCCUCUGACAGUGAAGAAAAUGCUGAGCCGGAUCUCGAUGACAAUGAGGAGGAGGAGGAGCCUGCUGUAGAAAUUGAACCUGAGCCAGAGCCUCAGCCCCAGCCUCCGCCUCCACCUCAGCCUGUGGCCCCGGCCCCCCCACCUGCCAAGAAGAGAAGGGGGCGACCUCCUGGAAGAACCAACCAGCCCAAACAGAACCAGCCAACAGCCAUCAUUCAGGUCGAAGAUCAGAAUACAGGUGCAAUUGAGAACAUUAUAGUUGAAGUCAAAAAGGAGCCAGAUGCCGAGCCUGCGGAGGGGGAAGAAGAGGAGGCUCAGGCAGCCACCACAGACGCCCCCAACGGAGACCUCACGCCUGAGAUGAUCCUCAGCAUGAUGGACCGGUGAUGCUGGGGCCUUGCUCGGCACCAGGACUAUUGGGCUGUGUUUAAACGGCCCAAAUCUUAAUUUUUCUCUUUUUUUUCUUUGGCUUUGGGAACGGCAUAAUUUUACACCAUUUUACCAAACAUACUGAGAACGAAAACUUCAAGGAUGAUGUUAGAAAAAUGUGAUUUAACUAGAACUUGUUUGAUGUUAGCAAAUCAUGGAAUGUUCUAAGUCUCUGAGGGUUUACUGUGAAGUGUUGAGGACAGUGUUGAUGCCUAACUAGUUUUCUUAGAUGGAAACAGAGACAUUGAGCCCUCUCUCUUGAUCGUAAACCACUCCAGAACGGCCACGGGUUUCCCAGAGUUCUAUGGUCUUCCCAAGAGAAUUUUUAAUUGUAAAUGCAGACUUGGGAAGGACUUGGACUUUUAACCUGGUUUUGCUUUUGCUUUUCCUGACUCCCUUUGCUCAGAGUCAGUUGCACACCAGUAGGAUGGCAUGCUACGAUCAGUUUCUGUCCUGAAAGCUUUGCCUCUUUCUUGGCAAAGUUUCUGGUAUGGUCAAGCUUGUAAAUAACCUUUUUUACAUUUUAAUCUUUUCCAUUAAUUAAGAGGUUGAAAAGAAGUACAGUGUAAGAAAACCCAGCAUUUUAAUUAUUUGCAAAUUAAGGUGCCACAGACACAGACUUAGUGGUAUGUAAAUGUUGACUCGGAUCACAAUCAUGUAGCAGAGGGCACUGGGCCUGUUGCCUGCCAGUCAUGGACACCCAUGUGAAAAAUCCUGAUUUCCAGCUCAUGGAGCCAGCGUUUGAACCUUGAACAAAUAAAUUUCAUUUAUGAUUUUCUCAUCAACAUUUUCUUUGCUCUGUUUGUAGCUGAAUGUUACAUUUUUUUAAAAAUCUCUGUUCAAGCCAGAAGAGUUGAUUAUGAGUGGCCACAGCAACCCUGGCAAGCUGGGCCAAAAAAUUUCAGUAGGUCAGUAAUUUAAACUUCACAUCUGGAAAAAAAAUUAUUAAUAAUGUGAAACAAACCAACUUAAAAAGUGAUUCUUGCACAUGAAUUGUCACAUAUUAUAUGUGUUUUUUAAAGAGCCUCAGUCUGACUGAUUUCAAACACUUUUUUUCUCCUGUGUAUUGCUUUUAAGAGAGCCAUCAGUUAGCUAUCAGAAUCUAGGUUGAUGCAUUUUUGUACUUAGCUGUACUGUGUGAUAUUUUUCAUUAUUUUAGGAUGCCAACAUGAGACCUGUAAUAAAAUAUGUAAUGGGGUUGAAGGCUGGGGAGGAGGAUCUACUGCUGUACAGCUAAUAAAUCAUAACGGAUUAACAGGCA